AUGGCUGUGCCUCGCGAACGUCGAGGAUACCCGUCGACCGGCUCGACUCUGGGCCUCUUGCAGACGGCUCUCCCACCGAACCUCACGUUCCAUGGGGCGCUCUCCCUUUUGACGUACGCGGCUGCCCGAGCCACCGACCGUGUCGAGCUCAAGGACUGGCUGUGGCCGUCGGGCAUGGUGCUCAACACCUGGGCCGCGUUCCUGGCUCGCAAGUCCAUCGAGACGCCCGACUCUUCCGUCGUCGACGCCUUCGUCGGCCUGCCCUGGCCUCACAAGCUUCUCUUGACCGGAGUCACGGCGUGGGGAGGACGUCUCUUCUACCGCAUCGUCACGCGGAGCAUCAGGCGACGACAACGACAGAGACACCUCCACGACGACCCCAGAUAUGUCGCCGUCAAAAGGGAGUCCGCCGACGACGGGUUCUGGACCAAGGCUCUCUUUUCGAUGUUCCUCCCCGAAGCCAUUUUCCAAUCCUUCAUCACGCUGCCGUUCACUCUACCUUUUCGAUUCGAUGCGGAUGCUGUGGUGCCCGACGGUCGAGCUCGAGGUGUGGGAUUGGCGCACUACCAUCACCACCACGACAUCGGCCCUGAUCCGGAGCAGGCCGAAUGGUUUCGCGCGUUGGCUGUUGGCCUGUUUUGCUCCGGCUUCGCUCUGGAAGUACUUGCCGAUCGUCAACUUGACAAGCACAAGGACGACGGUGAUAAUGAUAAUGAUGAAGGUUCAGGUUCCGCCGGCCUUGUAAGGAGUGGCGUAUGGAGUAUCGUUCGACAUCCAAACUACCUCGGCGACGCACUCAUCCAUCUCUCAUUCCCGUCCCUCCUCCUCUCGUCGUCGGCAACGAACUACAUUCACCCCCUCCUGACCUUCUUGGGCCCGGUGGCCAACUACGUCUUCCUGCGCCACGUCGGGGGCGACCGCCAGACCGAGGCGUACCAGAAGGACCAGUACAACGUCGCGGCGCAACGGGGCAGCACCGAGGCCGCGGUCAAGUUGAGCGACUUUGAGCACUACAAGACGCGCCAGAACAGCUUCUGGCCCAAACCGGACCAAGUCAAGAACAAGUGGACAUGGAUCGUCGUCGGGAUCGGGGCGGUAGCGGCCGUCGUUGAACGAGGUAUUAGGGGUGGCCAGUUACCUACUACGGCAUAA